GCCCGUGGGACCGCGGGCCCCCGGCGCAGCGCCGCCCGGCUCCCGGCCCUGCCGGCCUCCUCCCUCGGCGCCGCGGCCAUGGCGGCCAGCGCGAAGCGGAAGCAGGAGGAGAAGCACCUGAAGAUGCUGCGGGACAUGACCGGCCUCCCGCACAACCGAAAGUGCUUCGACUGCGACCAGCGCGGCCCCACCUACGUGAACAUGACGGUCGGCUCCUUCGUCUGUACCUCCUGCUCCGGCAGCCUGCGAGGAUUAAAUCCACCACACAGGGUGAAAUCUAUCUCCAUGACAACUUUCACACAACAGGAAAUUGAAUUCCUGCAAAAACAUGGAAAUGAAGUCUGUAAACAGAUUUGGCUAGGAUUAUUUGAUGAUAGAUCUUCAGCAAUUCCAGACUUCAGGGAUCCACAAAAAGUGAAAGAGUUCCUACAAGAAAAAUAUGAAAAGAAAAGAUGGUAUGUCCCACCUGAACAAGCCAAAGUGGUGGCAUCAGUUCACGCAUCUAUUUCCGGGUCCUCUGCCAGUAGCACAAGCAGCACACCUGAGGUCAAACCACUGAAAUCUCUUUUAGGAGAUUCAGCACCAGCACUGCACUUAAAUAAGGGUACACCUAGUCAGUCCCCUGUUGUAGGUCGCUCUCAAGGACAGCAGCAGGAGAAGAAGCAGUUUGACCUUUUAAGUGAUCUCGGCUCGGACAUAUUUGCUGCUCCAGCUCCUCAGUCAACAGCGACGGCCAAUUUUGCUAACUUUGCACAUUUCAACAGCCAUGCAGCUCAGAAUUCUGCAAAUGCAGAUUUUGCAAACUUUGAUGCAUUUGGACAGUCUAGUGGUUCGAGUAAUUUUGGAGGUUUCCCCACAGCAAGCCACUCUCCUUUUCAGCCCCAAACUACAGGUGGAAGUGCUGGAUCAGUAAAUGCUAAUUUUGCUCAUUUUGAUAACUUCCCCAAAUCCUCCAGCGCUGAUUUUGGAACCUUCAAUACUUCCCAGAGUCAUCCAACAGCAUCAGCUGUUAGUAAAGUUUCAACGAAUAAAGCUGGUCUACAGACUGCAGACAAAUAUGCGGCACUUGCUAAUUUAGACAAUAUCUUUAGUGCUGGGCAAGGUGGUGAUCAGGCUAGUGGCUUUGGGACCACAGGUAAAGCUCCUGUUAGUUCUGUGGUUUCCGUUCCCAGUCAUUCAAGUGCGUCUUCAGACAAGUAUGCAGCCCUGGCAGAACUAGACAGCGUGUUCAGCUCUGCAGCCACCUCCAGCAAUGCAUACACGCCCACGAGUAAUGCUAGCAGCAGUGUUUUUGGAACAGUGCCAGUGGGUGCUUCUGUACAGACACAGCCUGCUUCUUCAAGUGUGCCUGCUCCAUUUGGAGCUACACCUUCCACAAAUCCUUUUGUUGCUGCUGGUGGUCCUUCUGUGGCAUCUUCUACAAAUCCAUUUCAGACCAAUGCCAGAGGAGCAACAGCGGCCACCUUUGGCACGGCGUCCAUGAGCAUGCCCACUGGGUUCGGCUCCCCCGCUCCCUACAGUCUCCCCACCAGCUUCAGUGGCAGCUUCCAGCAGCCUGCCUUCCCAGCCCAAGCAGCUUUCCCUCAACAGACAGCUUUUUCGCAGCAGCCCAAUGGUGCAGGUUUUGCAGCAUUUGGACAAACAAAGCCAGUGGUAACCCCUUUUGGUCAAGUUGCAGCUGCUGGAGUAUCUAGUAAUCCUUUUAUGACUGGUGCACCGACGGGACAAUUUCCAACAGGAAGCUCAUCAACCAAUCCUUUCUUAUAGCCUUAUAUAGAUAUUUUACUGGAACGAACUUUUACGUGGUCACAUUACAUCUCUCCGCCUCUUGCACUGUUGUCUUGUUUUACUGAUCUUAGCUUUAAACACAAGAGAAGUCUUUAAAAAGCCUGCAUUGUGUAUUAAACACCAGGUAAGAUGUGCAAAACAGAAGGCUCCAGUAACAACUUUUAUCCUGUGAAUUGGCAGAAAAAGGUAGCAGUAUCAUGUAUAUUAAAAAUUGGCUAAUAUUAAGUUAUUGCAGAUCCCACAUUCAUUAUGCUGCAGUACUGUACAUAUUUUUCUUAGAAAUUAGCUAUUUGUGCAUAUCAGUAUUUGUAACUUUUAACACAUUGUUAUGUGAAAAAUGUUACUGAGGAAAUAGAUCAGCCUCUUUUAAGGUGCUGUCAUAUAUCUUGGAAUGAAUGACCUAAAAUCAUUUUAACUAUUGCUACUGGAAAGUUACGAAGUCAAAAUUGGAAGGUUUUAUUCGUUCUUGAAUUUUUCCUUUCUAAAGAGCUCUUCUAUUUAUACAUGCCGAAAUUCUUCAAAAAUGUAGAAGGUUACCUGUCUGCAUAAUAAAGCUGAUCAUGUUUUGCUACAGUUUGCAGGUGAAAAAAUAAAUAUUAGAAAAUAUACGACUGUUUUUGUGUUCUUGCUGCAAUGCCUUUACCAAAGUGGCCUUAAAUAUGAGUAGUGAAUUGAGAACAUCUCGAAUUCUUAAAUUAGAAUUUCAGAAGACUUCUAGUGACUAACUUUUAUGUCUAAAAGAGAAAAUUUUAUAAAAAGGCCAUGUAGAAAAUGUAUUAAAACUACUAUGACUGCUAUAUUCAGGAAUAUGUCAGUGGUAAAGCAUUUAAAUGUAGCUUGUCAGAUUCACCGUAAUCCUUCUAAUUUCUUUGCAACUUCUUAAUUUUGUGAAAUUUGUAUAUAUGAAGAAUUUGCAUGUAUGUGUAUUUACAAAUUUUUAAAAGUAUCUUGAAUUCUCAGACUGCAAAAGGCCUAUUUUAAAUAUUGAUUUAAAAAAUAUUGUCUUUGAAUGUAUUGGAAGCAGACAUGCAUUAACUGUGACAUGAUUGCACCUCAGUUUCCCCCCCCCCCUUUGGACAAACUGAUAAUUUUAAUAGGACAUUUGUUUAUGUUCAUUUCUGGGGGCAAAGAAACUGGAACCCAGUGUUACCUUAAAGUUAUAGAAUACUUUGUUUAAAAGACGACGAUACUAAUGUUUAGUUAUAUCUUUUUGUUAAUAUUCAAAUGAACUUGUUUAAAUGUUUCUGUAUAGUAAUGCCUCAUUCAUCCAGAGAUAAUCUGGCAAUCUCAUCAAAACAGACGGAACAGAGAAACUUGGAAUAGUUUGUUUCUUUUUAAUGCCUUUGAUCAUCCUACAUCAGUUACAAUGCCUUUUCUGAUUAUUUGAUUUUCCAGCCCCAUAGCAUAUUAGCAGUUCAGAAGUGGUGUCUUGAAGGCGAUAGAAAAAACUAUGAAGAGUAUAUACUGUCGAAGACCAUUUAGUUUAGGGACAGCCAGCCCAGCCCAGAGGACACCACCGUAUUGCAUCAUCAUCUGAUAAUUGUCUAUUACUAUGACUCUGUGUCAUCAAGGAAAGGUGAAAUUACAUACACAAAUAUGUAAUACAUGUUUGUAAAGUUUUGUCUUACAAUGAUUAGAAAUUUUUUUAAAACCCUUGGUAUUAAAAGAGGUGAACAUUAGUUUCCUCAAACAUUUUAUUCAUGUUGAAUACCUUUUUCAAUGGUGACUACAUGAGUUAUCAUACUGUAUUAAAAUCUGUGUAGCAUUUUAGACUUGUUAAAACAUUGCUGUCCAUUGCAUAUCUAGCUGAAUGUGCGGUGUAUCUGAACCAUUUUGAUAAGCAAGAAGACUGGGAAAUCUCUGCCCCUUUUCUGAGCAGUAUGCCUCUUCUUUUAGAAUUAAAUGAAUGCUGCAAAGGUCUUGGUGUGUGUUGGUGUAUACUUGAAAUGUCUCUACAUUUUUGGGGUCUUCCUCCAACCCCUUUUUCAUGGAAGGAAAACUUAAGAAAUGUCCUUGAAUUUAUAUGUUUUAGAUUGUAUUGGGUCCCAAUCAGUUCAUAUGUACAGAGUUCUAAUAUAUCAUUGUAGGCCAUUACUCCAGUA